CCUGCUAAUGUUACCAUGGAAUGUUCAUAAUAAGUUUUAAAGUUUUGACAAAUAAACACGAAAAAAAGUUUUAAAAUUUAUGAAAUGAAGUAAUGGCAAUGAACCAACUUCAAAACCUACUUCAUGACUCGCUUAUAGCGACGGGACAUGUUGAAAAUUGUGCUUUAAUUCGUCGAAACGAUGCAUCUGUCCGGGCCAGUUCUGUUGGAUUUGUUCUAACAUCGACAGAAGUAAAUGCAUUUUUAGACGCGUUCAAAUCACCCUCUGAGACGAGGGAACGAGGCGUUAAAAUCGGUGAAGACACAUUUGUUUGCUACCGUGCUGAUAAAUUUUCAAUCUAUGCCAAACAGGAAUCAAAAGGCGUAAUUCUUGUACGAACAUCAACACUGAUUUUGAUUGCUACUUAUACUCAAGAAAUGUAUCCAAGUGUAUGUGUUGAAGCUGUAGAAAAACUUGCUGAUUAUUUCCGUGAAAAAGGAAAAUAGUAAAUUCAGGUGAUGGUAUUAUUGUUGCUGUUGGAGUUUCAGUGGCUAAAAUAAUAUUUAAAACAUUAAGAAAUCCACAUAAAGGUGCAGCAUUCUUUAAUUUGCAAGAAUUUACAGUGUUUAAACUCAUCAACAAGUCAAUAUCCUAAAUGUUUGUACAUAAAGUAUUACUAUUAGUUUUUAGUCAACAAGUGUAAGAAAUUGUGCAUAAUAUGUGUCUUCAUUGGUCUGUUACAAUAGUCAUAUAGAGAGCAUUUUUGCAUUUAGUUUGAUUAAUUAUUAAUGUUUCUACUUAAAGCAACCUGCACAAAGUCAUAUUCUAUUGAAUAUCACAGUGUGUAUUUUUUCAAGACACAGUUCUCAACUACCACAAGAACAAUCAAAACCACCAAUAACUAAAAACAUUCUAAACCACGAUCAACCAAUCAAUCAAUCAAUUUCGAACAAAUAUUUCGAACAUUCGAAAG